CUCACUCGAGGAGAGUCGAGUGACUCCCGCGGCUAAAACCGGAUGAACCAAGUGACAACCGGAGGGUACAGUACCGUAGAUUCCUCGAGAUCGACAACCUCCGGGAUGAACUGAGCAACUAAUGACCCCAUCUUGAUACGGAUCCAAGAUAGCGGAACACUCAGCUAAAGCAGCUGGGAUGUACACAAUUACCCUGGCAGUUGAGUUGGCAAGAUGAUGGUGAAACAAUCUCUAUUACUGUUGUUGUGGUCGUGUUCUAUUGGUUGUACGUCCGCUUCCUGGUGGGGAGGUGGCGAUACCGAUGAUCAGUCUGGAGGAUUAGCCGUGGCUGUAAUGGUCAAGCAGACCGAAGUGGAUGCAUGCAAUGAUGAAGAAUUAAUGGCUGAGGGUUCCAAACUCCAACAGCAUUUGAAUAAGGCCGUCGAAAUUGGACUGCAGACAGAACUACUCGCGGGACCUCCUCACCCUCCGGAGGGUUCUACAAUGGUGUAUCCCGAACACCAAUUUACACAGGAUGUGAGGGAAUCCUUGCAUGAAGUGCAGAGGAAGGGACUUCCUUGGGCAGGAGAACAAGGUGGCGAUGCCUUUUCAGACUUCAAAAAAGAUGAAGACGAAAGUCGACGCUUGAAGAAUGAUGACUUUUGUGACAUUGUGUGUUCUGAAGUCCAAAAAGGUUACUACUGUGUUUGUGCUUGCGCUGAAGGUAGAUGCGAUCGUCGCCGCCGCCUCAGUCCUUCUGAUGAAGACAAUGAGCUUCGCGAUGGAGGUCUCCGUCGCGGUCUGGCAAAACCCGAGGAACAGACCAAGGAAGAAUACAAUUCUCGAGAAUCAGUCCUGGCUCGGUUCAAAAAGAAGUACCACAAAUCUUUCUGGGAAUACGUCAUGGCCGAGGAGGUAGCAGAAGAAUUCAUGAAACGAAAGACGGAGGAAGACGAUUACGAGUGUGUCGACGAUAACUUGGACAUGAAGUUCAUCGUCGUCCGGACUCUGCAUGACUAGACUAGGGCCGUGCCAUAUAUGCAGAGUCAGGCUUUCAACAACAGCUGCGCAUUCGUAUACUUUAGCUUUGUCGUGAGGCCAGUCAGACUAAACAGUGCUAACUGCGGCCUCUGUACCCAUACUCUUAGGAUAAUCAAGAUAUUAGUAAUCACCAACGGAACG